CAGAGGAGCCUUUUGCCGCUGGGGCCGGAACUAUCCACGUGAGCUUUCAGAGCAGCCGGUCCUUUGCUUUUGGGGAACCGGGCAAACAGAAGAAGGCGAGGAUGAGUCUGAAGCGCCUGCCCGGACUCUUCUGUGGCGGAAGGAGAUGCUUCCUUCAGGUUCUGCUUCCUUCGUCUCAAGGUCUUUGGUAUUCUAAGAAAUCUACAUGUGCCAGGAAACAGAUUUCUCCAUCAGGAACUGAAGCAAAAGAUGCAAUAGACAACUUGUUUUCUUCUGAACAGCAAUCUGCUAUUUUGCAGUUCCUCAAUUCAGCAUCCGAAGAAGAACUUUCUGCAGUUAAACUAUUGCAAGGGAAAAAGUAUCAUAAUGUAUUGGAAUAUAGAAACAAUCAUGGGCCAUUUCAGGAAUUACAAAGUUUACUGCAAGUGCCUUCUUUUCGGUAUAAAACAGCGGUUAAAGUAUGCAACUUUAUUCUCAACUCUCCAGAAAAAGAAGAGAAAAAAACAUGCAAUCCUAUGUCUGCCAGGAAAUGCAUCAGUCCUUCAAUUAAAAGAGAAAGGUUAAAGACUGCAAACAGUAUUGUAUCUAUUGUUUUUGGCAUGCAAAAAAUUUCAUGGGCUCAUGUUAACAGAGAUUUGAUUGUGCAGAACUGGCAUUUGGAAAACUACAGAAAUAAGGAAGAAACAUUCACACCAGCAAUGUACCUUGAGACAGUAUCUACUAUAAUAUCCAAGAUUCCUGAAGCAGACUUUUAUGUUUUGGAAAAAGUUGGACUUCCUCCCACAAAUGCUGCCUUGUUUCCAGUAACGUUGCAUCUUCGUAUAAUGGAAGCUGUACUUUUUGCAUUAUUGCAAAAACGUUUUGGAAAGGAUGGGGAACCCCAAGUGCUGAGCAUCGCCCGGAAUGCUGUAGGCAAAUAUUUUGGGCUGAUGUUGGGAGAGGCACGAAUUAGUGGAGUGGACCUUGUAAAACAAUUUCUGGAUUCUGCUACACAAACAUCCCGUGUGAGCUUUGCAAGCAGCGUAGUUGCCAGGUAUAUGCAUAUAUUAUCAGGUAAUUCAUGGAAAAGAGAGGAGGAACUAUGUGAUUCAUUAUUGCAGGCAAUAGCUUUUUAUGAGCUUCUGGUAUUGGACACUUAUGAAAUGUCUUAAGAAUCAAAUAAAUUAAUGAUUGUGUGACUUCCGGAUCGUACAAUAAAUCUGUGACAUUUGAUGUAACAUUACAAAAGUUGAAAUAAUCUUUAGGUGUUAAUGUCAAAAUUAUUUCCUGUUCUCAGGAACCUAUCUUAACGCUCUCUAACUUUAGGUAACAAUUGAAUGCAUUCAAAAUGAAAGAAUUAUAUAAUGAAC